AUAUAGCGUGUGUAGUUUUGAGGUUACAAUCAUAGGAUGCACACAAUUGAAGUGUAAAUUAUAAAUUUGUAUAUGCCGGUUUAAAAGAAAUCAAUUGUUUUACCUUCGCUUUAUUUCACAUGAGGGUAUAUCUUAUUCGCUUGUUUGAAAAUAUGUUAUUUCGACUGUUAUAUAGGAUUAACAUUUGAUUCAUCAAAUAGUCAAUUACAUAGAAUUCUGUUGUAAAUAAACAGUGAAAUAACCAAAUGAGUUCUAAAUCAUUUGAAAUAUUAUGAAUUGAAAAUUAAUUUCAUUGGAAACCAGGGUUUUUAGAAUAAGAAAACUAGCUGAGAAAAGCAAAAACUUUGAAUAUGGAAGGAGGUGAUGGCCCUUCAGCCAUCAGUAUAAAUCCAAAUACCAUUAAAGCUGCUCAAGAAGAAAUGGGAAGGUUAGAUGUUUUAGUUUGUGGACAAUGUCAUUCUGUUUUUCAUUUUAUUGAUGAAUUUCAAGAACAUCGAUCCAAAGAAGGAGCUUGUUCAAAACUUUCACAUUUUCGAGAAAACAGUAAUAAUGAGCAAAAGGCACAAGUAUGGGCAUUUCUUUUAUGGAAAGAUACACAGAUUCAACAAGAUAGUCCUGAUAAAGAUACUGUGAAUUCUUGGAAAUUAUAUCAAAAAUGGUGUAAAAUGGAAACUCAUGUAAGAGAUUGCUGGAUAAUGGCUGGUAAAACUAUUCAAACUUUUACAAAAAUAAGUAAUACAAAGAUGCAAGAUAUACCACGUCAACAAGGAAAUAUUACAACUGAAGGUAAUAAAACUAUUGUUGUACGUAAAGUAAUAAGAAAUGGACAACCAGAAAGUUCUGAUAAAAAAGAAUUUAAAGCUGAAGCUAGACUUAAAUCAGAACCUGCUGAAAAUAAAGAUAAAAUUAAAUUAAAACCUUCAAUUAAACCAAAGGGGAAACUAAAUAUAAUUGGUGAAACUAAUGCUGAAACUAGUGAUGAAGAAUAUAUUGUCGAGAAAAUUUUAGCAAAGCGUUUUAACCCAAAGAAAAAAGUCUAUGAAUACCUUUUAAAAUGGGAAGGAUAUGCACAUGAACAUAAUACAUGGGAAGAAGUAGCACAAGUGAGUAUGACAUGUAAACAAUUAAUGGAGGAAUUUGAAAAGAAUUUAGCUAAACAAAAAGAACUUAAAGCACAACAAGUAGCAAAAUCUAUUAAUCGUGCAAAUCAGUUAGGACUGGGACAAAAAAUCUUUAAAAUUGACAAUGUUAAAGCAGGACCUAGUACUGCAACUCAGGCUGGAAGACCAAUGCGUUCAAGUAAAUCCAAGGCAAUGGAUCAAGUAAAACAGUGGUGUGGAUCUAUGAAAGAAGAAGAUAAUGAUUUGCUUGGAAAACGGAAAAUUGCAUUUUCGGACAGCGACUCAGAUGAUGAUGGUAUUAGUGGUAUUGGUUCAAUCAAACGUUCCAAAAUUGAAACGAGCGGUGACGAUGAUUGGACUGCUGAUUCUGAUGAGGAUAAAGUUAUUAUCGGUCGCAGCGAUGUAAUUCAACGCGCUUUUAAUCGAGCAAACGUCCAAUCUAACGGAUCAAAUCGUUCGAAUGUUCCGAUGACCGGUACUGAUCUCACCAACAACAUGAUUGCCAACAACAAAAACAUAGUAAAAAUAGACACUAAGCAAUCAUCUAAUAUUCAACAGCAAGGACAAUCUAAUAUGUACAUAGUGCAUCGGAAGGAUGGUAUAAUAAAAUUGGAUUCUUCGCCUACGAAUAAAAUAUCGGUAAAAGGUCCGUCACAGUCUGUAGGAAACAGUGUUCUAAUGUUGCAGAACCGUGACGGUAUUAGUAACGUAACAAGAAAGCAAGUCAUAUCCUCUAAUUCACACGUCAAUUCGAUAACCCCUGUGAAAGUCAUAUCAAAGCCUGACGGCACUCAAGUUGUUACACAAAUGAAGGUCGUGCCCAAAGGUUCUCCAUCAAAACUAGGUGCAGCAGUGCCUAAGAAUGAGCCUAUUAAGAUUCAACCCAAGCCAGAACCUAAUCAACUACAACAAAUUCACCUCGUUACAACGAUACCGAGUCCUUUAGGUUUACAAUCUCAGCGUAUGACAUCAAAUAUUAGGACGAGUGGACGUGGUUUAGACGGUCGACCGUUGCUACCACGACCUGCAGCUCUGCGUGCUGCUGUGCCUAAUUCUCCUGGGAUUAUGAGUAUAACGCAGACACGAACGCCAGUACGAGCACCGCCUCCGCGACAGGUCGCACCUCAAGCUCUCGGGAUGCAGCAGCAGCGACCAUUACUUCAGAAACGGCCUGCAAUUCCCUCAACACUCGUACAAGUUUCUUCAUCAGGCGUUCUUGUAAAUACCCGACCUAAAAUAACUGUGGUCAAUCAACAGGGCAAGGUCAUUCAGAAAACGCUAGUAAGCCCAUUAUCUAAAAUGGGGACGUCGGGUAAAGGUCAGUCGAUGGUUACACCUCAGCAAAAAAUGUUGAUAGCUCGACGAAAAGUGGCUGAGCAGGCAGGUAUGUUGCCGAAACUUGGAGCACGUUCGGGGUCUGGGGCGGGACGGGGUGGCGGCACGCGUUUGCGUGGUCGACCUAUAGAAAAUACGCGUCCCAAGGAAAGUAAGCUAGUUGAAUCAGAUGGUCUGCAUAUGGAGUUUCACGAAUUGGAGUCUGAAAGUAGCAGUGAAGAGGAACCAGAUUUUCCGCCAGUAUCAACAGAGCCGACCCAGUCUACAGAGCCUGAUAGUCCACCUCGACAGUUUACGCUUUGUCCAUUGACAGGUCGUAUCAUUGGCCCGGAUGGUGAACCCGUGGAACAACAACCAGAUGCGGAACCUGUCCCAGUAGUAUCUACAUCUACGCCCAUGGCCAUCGUACAGGUCGCGGGGGUCGAAGGUGGUACAGUUGCGGCUUCGGAAGAAGCAGAACUUGUCUUGCCGAAUCUAGAAGCGCUGGCCGAGAGCCCAGACGGUGGGGUAAUGCGUGUAGAGAUGAGUCCCGGCGGCACUACAGGCACAAUCCUUCAGACUGGCGACAAUGCAGUAGUAGGCUUGCAGAGUAGCAUGGUGGUACCAGGCCCUGAUUUACCUUGUCUUGACGAUCCGUUAGUUGAGGUGCAGAAUUCAUCGGAGGCAGUUACUACGAUCACUGAUACUAAUGUUUCAGUACCUGAAGAUGAACCUAGGCCGGAAAUGCAAGUAAUACCUGUUACAGUGUCAAAAGAAGAUCAGAACGUUGCCGCGACCGUUACUGCUAACGUAAAAAUGGAGGAGGGUGGCAGUUUGGUAACAAUAACUGGUGAUGAUGGAGUCGUUUAUCAGGUUACGGGGCACGCUGAGGACGGACAGACGCUAUUGGUGACAAGGGGUGCCGACGGUGAGCAACAAUGUGUAUACGUAACGACGUCAGAACAGCAAUGCGAGGAGGGUUCGGUGCUUACGCUCGAUCAUGCGGUUGCCGAGGCCGUGGCACAACUCAUGCCUGAUCAAGUUAAUCUUGCACCUCAAUUCUAUGUAAAGGAGGCAACCGAAAGUGAACUCGAAGGAGCUACCAGCGUCGGCACUGAAAACCAACAGAUGGUUAUGUCAGUUAUGGAUAAUACGAACACGGUCGUGGCUAGUGGUCAAGAGGACGGUGAGAAUCAAGCGCAGGUCGUUGCACAAGUCAUCCAGGCUGACGAACCUACACCAAGUGGUACCAGAAGAGUAGUGUUGCUACUGCCUGACGGUAAUUUAAUGAUGACUGAAGUUGAUGAGGAACAGUAUGCAGCAUUAGAACUUGAUAAGUGAGAUAACUGCAAGUUUUAUGGUGAAGUGCAAAGAACUGUACAAGUUGCAAGUGUUUGUGUAUUGUAUGUAAAUAAAGACUUUCUAUUAAUGCGCAAUAGUAAAGAAAUAUAAUACUUUUUAGCCAAUAAUUACAUUAAAGUUAUAAGUGGCUUUGAGGUAUAAUGUAAAAAGAAAGGAAAAUUACAAAUUGGACAAAAUAAUCUAUGUUAUAGAUUAAGCACAUAUUUUAAUAAUUAAUGUUUCAGUAUCCGAUAUUUCACUGAUA